AUGACAUGCCACUCCUUGAUACAGCUUCUGCUUAUUGGAGACUCUGGUGUUGGCAAGUCUUGUCUCUUGCUGCGAUUCUGCGACGACGCAUGGACUCCCUCUUUCAUCACGACGAUCGGCAUUGACUUCAAGAUCCGCACCAUUGAACUCGACGGGAAGCGCAUCAAGCUGCAGAUCUGGGAUACGGCUGGACAGGAGCGCUUCAGGACCAUCACGACGGCAUACUACCGUGGUGCCAUGGGCAUUCUCCUAGUAUACGAUGUUACGGACGAGCGGUCGUUCAACAAUAUCCGAACAUGGCACGCCAACAUCGAGCAGCAUGCCUCAGAAGGCGUCAACAAGAUCCUGAUAGGGAACAAGUCGGACUGGACAGACAAGCGCGCCGUUACUGAGGAGCAGGGUCGCGAACUUGCCAACGAACUAGGCAUUAAGUUCAUGGAGACCUCCGCGAAGGUGAACGAGGGGGUUGAGGAAGCCUUCUUCACAUUGGCAAGGUCAGCCUAUCCCUCUCUCUUUGCGCUUUGGUUCUGGUCACUGAUCGCGGUCGUCUUCACUCACAGGGAUAUCAAAACCCGCCUCAUUGAUUCGCAAGCUGAGAACGCAGCGACAGGCGGAACUGCGAGCGAUUCCGUCAAGGUCAACCAGCCAGCUGCGCAGUCAACACAAGGUUGCUGCUCAUGA